AUGUUCGCAUGCAGUGCAUAUGGUCUGGUCUGCCUCCCCCUCUACGACACUUUGGGCACGGAGGCCAUGGAACACAUCUGUCGCCAAGCACCCCCUGUUGCCGUGGUAUGUGAAACUUUACAAUUGGCUACGAAUAUCAUCAAGUGGACUCAUGGCAGUGUGUCACACAUCUUCCUCAUUAACCACGAUAGUUCUCUGCACCAGUUUCGCCAAACGCAUGGCUCUUCGACCAGCAUACUUACCUUCGAUGAACUGAUGGUGAUAGGUAGGAAUCAUAUGAAGCCGGUAGAGCCCUCUGUCAAAUCUCAGGCUCUUAUUUGGACAGCUAUGUCCAUAUGUAAGAAGCACUUCUUCUGCGUUGUUUGUGUGCAUAUGACACUCUUUUUCUAA